UUUGUUUUCGUGUUGGGUAUUGACUUUCGCUUCUUCAUGACUAUUUUAGUAAGUUCACAUCAUUAAAGACAUACUAACCUGACCAAUAGGCCUUUUUCACACCCAUCAAUAUAGUUGGGGCGAGAGUGUGGUGCAGAAAACGGUCUUAAAAGUGUUAAAAAGCGAUCAAAGUGCGAGGUAACAAAGACAGGAUGUUUCCCUAGUCGCCUUUCAAAACAAACGGUUUCCUGGAGGGACGGAAAUGAUUAUAUUACUCCUGGUCAGUUAAUGGGUUAAUAGUGUCAGUUGCACAAGACGGUGUAUAGUGGCAGGGUAAAAGAUAUUAUUGGUUACAAGUGGAAGAAGAAUUAAGUGAUGGCCCGGACACCUGAGAUGGACCAUAAUAAACACAGGGGGACACACAAGCCGCGGUGAUAAUUAUUAGUUAUCCCUCUUCCUUGUCUCUCUCGUGUCCCUCCUUAAACUACAUCUGACGAGUGUUGACAAGUAACUGGUUUGGUUCUAAAGCAACAUGGUAAUUAGGAGUACCAUGAAGUGAUCCCGUGCUCUCGUAUGGAGCAUCCAGAUCCAUACAGCACCAUGUCACAACCCUCAUCUGAUAAGAGCAGAGAUCCCUACCGCUCCUCAUAUGCAGAACAUCAGGAUAUGAUGUUAAGUGAGGAUGAGGAGGAGAGUGCUACGCUGGCUGAGCCCAUGACCCUGGAGGGGGCAAAGCAGUUAGCACAGACGUCGGUAGUAGUGCCAGCUACGACCCCAACUCCGCCAGCAGCCUCCUUGGCAUCAGUGUCCCCUCCACCCCAUCCUCUCGUCGCUCCUCCACUAACAUCUCCUCACCACUCGUCUCAUCAUCACCAUCACCACCACCAUCACCAUUUGACGUCCCCUCCACCUCCGCCGCCACCGCCGCCGCACCACCAUCACCACCACCUGACUCCGCCUCCACCACCACAUCACCACCUCACUUCACCCCCACCACCACACCACCACCCUCAUAUCACACCCCCACUGCCUCACCAUCAUCACCACAUGUGGGGACCGCCUUCAGUAGCUCAUGAAGAGGAGGAGGAAGAGGAAGAGCCCCAGGAUUUACCGUCAACAGUAGAUAUACAGGCAAUUCGAGACUCUCCGUCCCCCGAUCAUUCUAAAGGCCAGUUGAUGACAAUAAAUGAAAACUGGGACAGUGUUGAAGAUCAAGAUCAAGGUGAUGAAGACUCUGAUGCUUAUGAAUCUGAUACUGAUGGUUCUGAAUCAGACUCAGACUCGAGGCUCAGUUCCAGGUCUCAUUCAGUGUCGAGGGAAAGUAUUAAGUCUCGUUCUGCAUCACGAUCUCCUUCUCCAACCAACUCCAAGUCAGAUAGUGGGAGUCAGGAUUCUGAUUCAGACAGUUCAGAUUGGAGCGAUAGUAGCUCCUCUGCGUCUGAUGAUGAAAGGAAGAAGGGGUACGAAGAUGGAGACUCCAGUCCUAUGAAUAAACCGUUACCGAGAAGGAAGCCACAACUCACCGCACCAAAGCUAACUCUGAGUGAAGGGUUUGGGGGUGCAGGUAGAAUAGAUGGAAAGGUAAAAGGAUCGGCACCAUGUUCUCCUGGGUCCCCUAUGCACAAGUCAUCAUCUCUUCUCUAUGAAAAGCAUAAAUCUUCACAUGCAUUCACCUCAUCCUCUUGUGAUUCCAUAGCAACUGUUGGGUUUGGAGUUGGUAAAGUUACCAAGAUGCCCGUGUCAGAGGAGAAAGGCUCUGCCAAAUCGAGUAUUUUCAGUGAUGAUGAGACUAGUGAUGGAGUUGAUAGUGAGAAAACUAAAAAUGUAAAUAAAAGUGUACAUUUAUCAAAAACUGAUGAAGUUAAACAAUUACAGCCAGUGCCAUUGCCUAAAGGGACCGAUGAUAGUUCAGUUAGAAAUGAGGAAAUACCAGAUAAUAACUCGCAGAUAGUGAAAGAGACACUAGCCAGUGAAGCAGAAACCAAUAGUGUUGUGACUUCUGGUCUUGUAAGUGAACCAAAGUCAGAAAAGAGUGCUCCAGUCCUCGAAGAAAAUAUCACUAAAUCAAAGACCAUUAACGAAAGCAAGCCCAGUGUACCUCUCCUUGGUCUGAAGUUGGAAGAAACGAGAACAAUUUCCUUUCAGCCUUACAAGAGAGAUAGUGUGUCGCCACCUGAGAGAAAGUGUGAUCCAAUAGCUAGAUGGGAUGAUACUGAUAAGGACAAAACUGAGGAUGGGAAGAACAUGCCAUUGUCUGUAGCGGAAUUGGAAGAAAGAAGGCGGGAAAAAGAACUGGAAUUAAAUCGUGAAUUUGAUCGUUUACUUUUUAGCACAAAAAACCUAAAUUUACAACAAAGCGAACAAAAAGCAUUAGUGUUGAAUGAUUCAUCCAAAAAUCCUGAAAAGGCAGUGAAAGAAACCACAGCCAAGUACAAUAAGGUUUAUGACUCCCCAAAAUCAAGCAAAAACGCAGGCUCUGAUGCAGCAUCUCAUAACAGCAGCUUACAACUCAACAAAGUUUCAAAUGCCAGUAAGAAAGAAAUAACAUCAAACAAUUCCAUUGAGCACUGCACUCAGACAUUUCAUUUAGAAAGUGUCAUGGAUGUGAAAGAAAAUGGCCAAGAUAAAAACAAAACUAAGUUAGAAAAGGGUGCUUGGGAGGAGAAGAAGAAAGAGCCAUUUAAGACCGACGAAAAGUCAAAGGAGUUUGUCAAGGAAGUAGUGGAUAAAAAGGAAGCAGAGAAGGGUCAUACACCACAGGACAGUAGUAGUGACAGGACAUUGAAUAAGGAAGUGGCCACAGAAAGAAAAUUUAAUAAGAAUUCUGUGUUUGAAAAUAAAAGCAGUAGAGAUGUUGUAAAUGAAAGAAAUUCAAGUAAAGAAUGCAGUGCUGAUAAAAGAAUAUGUAAAGAGUUUAAUUCUGAAAAGAAUUCAAAUAAGGACAUAAACUUGGACAAAACCACUAUAAAAGAAACAAAUUUUGAGAAGUGUUUGAAUAAAGAAUCCAAUUCGGAAAAAAGACCAAGUAAAGUUUCAUCUGAAAAGAAAACUGUGAAGGAAGUGAAUAGUGAAAAGAAAUUUAGUAAGGAAGUCAAUAAUUUAGCCAAAAACAGUAAUGACUCUACUGUUGAAUGGAAGUUAACCAAAGAGAUGAACCAUGAUAAACUGACUAAAGAAGUUGAUGUUGAUCAGAAGGUGAAAAAAGAUCCUUGUAAAGAAGUUCACUCAGAGAAAAGAUGCACAAAAGAUAACGGCUAUGAUAAAAAGACGAGAACUGAAAAUGGUGAGGACCGAAAGCUAAAUAAAGAUUCACAUAUAGAAAGGAAAGGUGGCAGAGAUUCAUCUCUUGAUAGAAGAUUAAAUAAAGAACUUUCUCCCGAGAAGAAGAAAAUCAAGGAUGCUGCCUCAGAGAAGAUGCAGAGUUUAGAUAUGCCAAUACUUGACAGAAAAAUCAUUGAGGACUUGUCCAUUGAGAAGAAAUCAAACAAAGAGUCCACAGAAAAGAAACAGCUGAAGGAAUUGUCUUCUGAGAACACAGUAAGUAAAGAUAAUAGUCCUGGAAAGAAACUUGAAAAGGAUGGAACAUCUGAAAAGAGACCAGGAAAAAAUACUACUCCUGAAAAGAAAGGAAGUAAGGGAAGUACUGCAGAGAAGAGAACAAGUAGAGAUUCAAAUAAGUCCUCCAUUUCAGAAAGAAAAAAUAAGGUUGUCUUGUAUGAGAAAAUUAGUAAAGAAAUUGUUUCAGAGAAGAAAGCGGGCAAAGAUUCUUCUCCUGAGAAAAAGCAAGGAAAGGAAGAAAGAAAGCCAAGUAAGGAUAGGAAACAAAACAAGGAUUCUGUUAAAGAUAAGAAAGUAAGCAAAGAGACGAAUUCAGAUAAGAAAUUCACCAAGGAGUCUUCAGGGGAGAAGAACUUGAACAAAGUUUCUUCCUCUCCUGAGAAGCGAAGUAGCAGAGAUGCUCAUGAAAAACGCUUAAGCAAAGAAACUGUCUCAGAUAAUAAAAGAUUAAGUAAAGAGUUAAUGAUUGAGAAAAAAAAUAAGGAAAUUAUUCCAGACCAAAGAUCCAGUAUGGAAUUUAUUUCAGAUAAAAGAUGUGACAGAGAACCCAGGGCAGAGGAGAAAAAUAAAGAACUCAACUUGGAAAAAUUGUCUGGCAGAGAGGUAAGCCUCGAGAAGAAAUCGAGAAAAGAAUCUAAUUUUGAAAGGAAACACAGAAGAGAUCCUGGUUAUGUCAAGUGCUAUAGCAAAGAACAGUUCUUGCAGGGUAAAUCUGAUAUAGAUCCUGGUCUAAGAAGGAUUUCUAUCACUGAGCCUCUGUUUGAAAAGAAAUUAAGUAGAGAUGCAAAUUUUGAGAACAAAUCCAUCAUUGAGCUCAGUAUGGAUAAGGUAUCCAACUCAGAGCCUGGUUUUGAGAAAAAAUCCCUUAAAGAAAUUGAUUAUAUGAAAAGAUCUAGUAAGGAGCAUACAUUGGAGAGGAGUGGUACAUCUAAUGAAAAAUUUAUACACAAAUUGUCCAACUCGGAGAAGAAAUCAAAUAGAGAUUCUGGUCGUAAGAGAUCAAAGAAAAAGAAGAAAAGAUACUUGGAAGAAAGUUAUGAAGACAAAAAAUACAGCCAAAAUUCAUAUUCCUGCAGCAGAAGUGCUUUAAAAAGGGACUCAUUUUGUGAACACUCAAAUAAUAAGGAACAUUCUCCAAAAGUUAAAGAUCAGAGUGAGAGAGGUGUUAAUAAUUCUAAUGAAAAGUCUAAAUUAUACCGGAUAAAUAAGUUAUUUGAAAAUCAUAAUAUUUUAUUAAAAUCGUCUAAUGUUAGUUCAUCCGAAUCACAUAAAUUUACCCCAACAAAUAAAACAAACCAUAGCAGUGAUAUUUCAAGUGGCAUUAAUAGAAAGGAGGACAGAGAGACUAGUAGAGCAGACGCUGUUUUACCUCUGUGUAUAAAGGGAAAAGCGGACCCAAGUGAAGAAUGUGAUAAACUGACUCACAACAAAAGUGCCGGUGAGAAAGCCUUUGCUUGUGUAAGACCAACUAUAGCGGAUGUUGUGAAAGGUAGAGAACGGAGAAAAAGCACGGACACUGAGAAGCAUAGUGGUAGUGAGAAGACCAAGAGAGGGGAUUCUUAUAGGGAAGACACAUCAACAGACAGCGAGAGUUCUGAGGAACUUAAUGAGAAGGUGGAUUUGGACACUGAGCAGACUCAAACCUUUUCUGUCAGUGAAAGCAAUUUUAACCAGGGAAGAUUGACGAUGAAAAUUGCGGCAAUGAAAAUGGCAAAAUUUGGGCGAACAGGUUUACGGGAAGUGACAGGAGCAGCUCUGCCAACGAGAUCCGAUCUUCACACACCUCAACGCACGGAAAACUCCAUGAGCAUGUCUUUUAGUCCCUUUAGACGGCCUAGAACAGUACCCCAGAAACCUCAGUCGGUCAAUGCCCAACCUGAAACUCACAAGGUAAAGACCGUAGCUGAAAGAAAAUCCUACACAGAUGCUCUACCGCCAAACGGCUCAGUUCGCUCCGUCAACUCCAAGGUCCAUCGAAAAAAGGUAUGUGGAGAGUGUGUGGCGGUGUUGACGAAGGCCCACGGUGGCGGUGUGAAGGCCGACAUGAGAGUACCGGCAGCGUCUGUGUACCGGACGGGCGGUGUGGGCGGCGUGGUGGGGUGUGUAGGGGUGGCAGCGUCAGCCCCUGCUGCUGCACAUCCACACAUAGACCACGAUGAGGAGCAGAUCUCCCGCCUCGCCCACCACCUCUCACAGAUCUCCGGCGACCAUGAUGGCUUGCAGGUGCUGGACCAGGAAGAUUUGGCUGCACUGUUACCAGAUGUAAGCAGUGGUAUUGGCCACCAGGAUGGGUCAUCUGUGUCCCUUGAUGGGUUCACCGAUGACGUUGUAGUGUCUCGGACGGGCUCUGACACCGAAGGGGACGAACAUGGUUCAGAUGUGGCCGGUGAUGACGACGACGAUGACUUACCGGACGUUAUUGUGCGUGAAGCUAUCAACUCCAUGGCUAUUGUGGGAGAUGAAGCUGCCCUCAAGUUCAACACAGUGCUGAUGGAUGAUUUGGAUGAUGUUGAUGGUAGAAAUCGGAGUCGGCAUCACCAGCACUCCCAGCAUCAGCAGGGUCAGAGUAGGUUGGGGCAGCAGCAACGGACGGCAAGAAGUCCGAGGGCAGAGACGGGCUCGAGGAACCGGGAUGAAGUAGUACUCGGAGACAAGAGAAGAAGAGGACGGCCACCUCGGUCACUCAUCACAGGAAAGGAUACUCAUCAAGAAGAAGAUCCAGAUCCCCCUCCCAUGCCAGAACUAGAAAGUUAUGUUCCUUUAGACUGUAAUGUGUCAAAUGUUUCCCCAGACAGUGGUAUACAGUCAGUGAGUGGCUCUCCUUUGCACCAUAUUGGUUCUCCACCACACCAUCAUUCUCCACUGUAUAGUGCUGGGAAGUCUGUUGAUGGCUCAGGAAGCCAUAAUCGGCCAUAUUCCCCCACAUUAGUUUCUCAAGAUUCACCUCCACCACCCACCUUAUUACCAGCUGUUACUCCCCCACAUUUGUUAAGUUCACCUCAUUAUGAUUAUGAUUCCCCAAACUCCCCACAAAUGCCAGCCCUGAAGUGUCAAGUAGAUCCACCCCCUAUACUGCAGGCUGAUAAUGCUAAAAGAACUAGUCUUGAGGAACAAGGCACAUUAAAAAAGAGAGGACCAGGGCGACCAAAGAAGCAGCUAGAGAGGCCUAAGCGACCAAGAGGAAGACCCAAAGGAUCUAAAAACAAAAGACCAAAGAAUGUGGAGGGACCACUCACAGUAGAUUUCAAGGAAAAUGCUCAGAGCCUUCCGAGAGACUCGGACAGUUUCAAGUGUUAUAGAAGUGAACUUGGAUCUAGUGCACCCGUGGCCCAUGUGUUGAAUGUGUGUAGUGAGGACAAGUGGAACCCUGAUAUAGACACAGAGGACCUUCCUCCACCUCCAGAGCCCAUCCCUCCUCUGAAACGUGGACCUGGCAGGCCCAAAAAGAUCCCUCCAGUGUUAGAACCCAGUGUACCCCUCCAGGAACCACAGAUAAACAAAGUACAAAGUGAGCACACAGCAGAGCCUUGUGCUGAACACAGUGCCAAUCUUUCUAGUGCCAAGCCCAAAAUCCAAGUAGCCAGUUUUGAGCCAUCCAAUUCCAUGAAAUUUAAUCAUAGGAAAACGAGAGACGAAUUAUUAAGGGGAAAGCGGCCAGUGGGUCGACCAAGGAAAUACCCCAAAAGAGAAGAAGUAAACUCCUCAAGUAGUUUACCUGCCACUGCAGCUAGUAAAAAAUGUUUCAGUGAAAGAAUAAUGCACAAAAUUAUCAAUGAAAAGGUUCGUAAUAGUGAAAAAUCGGAUAAAUUAUCUGUCCGAGUUGAGGAUAUUGAAGGUUCCAUGGAACCCUUCAGUGAUCCUUAUGCAUUUCAUGACCUACCUGUCGGAAGCCUACAAGACGCAGAAAGAAAGCAUCAGAAAAAAAUCCUCAAGCCAAAGUUCAACAGUGAAGGUAUCCCUCUGGAAGGGAAGAAGAAGAGAGGAAGGAAAAAAGAAUUACCAGCAAUAUUUGAAAAGGUAUAUGGGAGUCAAGAUCUGAAAGCCAAAAUUAAAAGUGAAAGCGGAAAGCCAACAUUCUGUGCAACUACAUUGUCAUUCAAACAGAUACACAAAAAGAAGAAGAAGAAGCCCAAACACUUCAAGAGCAAACAUAAAAAUAUUGUGGACCCAGUCUUUCUCGCAGACUUGGAAGAUCUCACCAGAGGUAUUCAACAGUGCUCCAUAUCUAAAAUACCAAUCCUUCAGCAAACAAAACCUGGUGAGGUACUUUUACCCUCAAUAUUUCGUUUAAGAAAAGUAUCACUUGCAGCAAAGAAAAGACGUGGCAGUGAAAAAACCAGGACAAGUGACAGGGAGUCAGGAACAGAAGGGGAGAGUGGCAAGGAGAAAGCCUCAGGCAAGAGGAAGAAGAAAUUACAAGAGGUGCCAAAGCAGGGUCGAGAGCGGACAGAAGCAAAUGAGCAAAGGCUUCCUCUGAAAAAGCGACACCGCCACAUUUCAACGGCAGUGCCUGCUACACCAGAACCCCCCAAAGUUGACAACGUAAAGAGUGAAGUUAGUGUAGCUAAAGCAAAUGAAAAGGCAAGUUGUGCUGACAAAGAUUCCAAAAUUGAAAAGGAGGAGAAAGAUAAAUUGAACAAAAUUGAUCCUCGGUCAGAGAAGGCAACAGUUCCAAAGCCUAGUGUACUCAAUGAAACGCCAAAGCCUGUGAGAACUGAAAGCAAAGUAAUUAAACAGAGUACUGAUGACAUUAACAAGAAAACAGAAGAAACUAUGAUAAUAGAAUCAGUAACAAGAAAACUAGAAGAACAAGUAGCCAAAACUACCAGAGCUGAAGAAACUGUCCAAGUACCUGAGAUCGCAAAUGUUAAAUCUACUGAUGAUUCUGAGGAGAACAACAAAGUUACCAGAGUUUGUGUCAGUGAACCAGUUGUGAACAAAGUAGUAGAAAAAACUGAACCUGUCACACGAGCCAACAGUGAGGUCCCCACUUCAACUCGUACCACAACCACAACACCCAAGAAGAGGCACAGAUUGGAAGUAGAUUUAGCUAACACUCCUGCUGCAGCAACAAGAGCCACAGCAGGAUUAGUUAAAGGAAAGACUGAAAAGGAAGUGCCAAAGACUAAAGAAAGGGAAGUGUCUGUCAAAACUCCAGUAACAAAGUCUCCAAAAGUUACCAAAGAUCCGGUCUUCAAAGAUGUUGGAAGCACGCCUCUACCUAAGGUGGAAGACACCAGUGACAACAGUUCUAAGGUGUCUCUUGCAGAAGAAGGCAAACCAAAUAGUAUUGUAGGAGUAAAUAAAUCUCAGGAAUCAGAUGAAUCCCCUGCACAACCGUCUAGUGUCCCUGAGACUGUGUUUGAAUCUCAACCCCAAAAAGAAAGUUCUGGGACACACUCAGACAGUGAUAUACCCAGUGAACAUGAGCCAUUGUAUGAGAGUGACCAGAGUGGUUUCAUGUCCGAUAAAGAAGGUCCCAAAGAAGUACCAAUCAAACUGCCACAAAAACGACGUAAAAAGAAAAGGGAGUUAAGAUCACCGAUUCCAAAAGUAACAGAUAAACUUCCUCCGGCAGAAGUCACAGAAGACAAUGACCCUCCUCCAUCAAAGAAGAAGAAAAAAAUAAAACGAAGGAAAACAAAUCGAACAGGUUUUCCUACAAUUAGGAAAAAGAAACGGAAGGCCAAAGAUUUCCCAGAACAAAAAGGAAUUGAAAAAGAAGGGAAUUGCCUUAAUAUUGAACCAACAAGUAAAAUCAGUAGUCCAGAAGAAUGUCCUAGCAGUCAACCCAUGGAGAGCUCUAGCAGCAUGCCUGUGGAAGGCUCCAGUAGUGUUUCAGGGGAAAACUCCAGUAGUCUUCCUGUAGAAAGCUUUUGUAAUGAGAAACAACCCAGUGAUCCAGAACCAGAUAAAACAAUAGAUGAUGAUGAUAAAGAAGCCCCAGAUAUUCCUGCCAUUCUUCCAGAAUUUGAACCCACAGUAACAAGGUCAAGUAGAGAUAAGUUGGAAAACCCCUCAUCUAAAAGUCCCGUCCCAGUACCAGCCCCCAGACCACGGGGACGCCCAAAGAAGACCAGUGCUGAAACCAAACCACAAUCGAGAGCACCUUCUGUAUCACCAUCUCAGUCACCAGAGAAAGUUCCCAAACAGCUUCGAGAAUCAUUAAGGGAAAGAAGAUCAACAAAGUUAACAGACUUUGCUCAAGGUGAGAAAAAGCCAGAUCCAGAACAGGAUGAACAACAACUUGAGAAGAUGCUGGAAAGAGUUGCCACAGGCAUUGGAUGCAGAACACGGAGGAAACGCGACCUAAGCGAGGAGAGUCUCAAGAUGAUUCAGUCCGAUGGAAAGAGGCAAAGAAAAGGAGAAGAGGAAGUGGAGGAUAGUGAUGCUGUCAUCUUGUCCUCUGAGAGUAUGCCCAGCAGUGAGCCACCAUCUGGAGAUGAAAGUAACCGAACUGUACCUGGUAACAGGAGAGUUCCUCGUUGGCGGAAGAAAUACCUUGUUGCGGGCCUCUUUUCAUCUUACUACAAGGAGGAUGAGCCCCGAAGAAGAAAUGGUGAAGUGUCCUUGCCAAAGAAUAAGCUAACUUAUGAUCCAGAGGAGCAUGUGCAUGGCCUUCUUCCUCCACCAUGCUACUGCCGUAAAUGGCUGAGAGAGAGACACAUUGACUUUGUGCUACCAUACGACCUUUGGUGGCUCCAUGAACACAACAUGCUUCCUGGAAGAGAUAUUGUGCCAUCGUGGAAUUACAAAAAGAUCAAAUCCAAUGUGUACUAUGAUGUCAAGCCAAAUCAUGAUUAUGAAUUACAAGCAUGCAACUGCAGGCGCCCCACCAAACCUGGCGAACGUGGCUGUGGUGACGAUUGUAUUAACAAGAUGAUGCUUAUUGAGUGUUUCUCGCAGACUUGUCCUAUUGCAGACUCAUGUGGUAAUCAGCCUAUCCAAAGGCAUGAGUACAAAACAUGUCUCCAGCGUUUCAUGACUCCAAACAAAGGCUGGGGCAUCAAGGCAACUCAGGAGAUCAAAGCUGGAACAUUUAUUAUGGAAUAUGUUGGUGAAGUGGUUAGUGAGAAAGAGUUUAAGGUGAGGAUGCAGACUAGGUAUGCCAAUGACACUCACCACUAUUGUUUGAAUCUCGAUCGUGGAAUGGUCAUUGAUGGACAUCGGAUGGGAGGAGAUUGCCGAUUCGUCAAUCAUUCUUGUGAUCCUAACUGUGAAAUGCAAAAGUGGUAUGUCAAUGGCCAGUAUAGAAUGGCUCUGUUUGCCUUAAAGGAUAUUGAUGAGGGAAUUGAGUUGACUUAUGACUACAAUUUCUCUCUCUUCAACCCUGCUGAGGGACAAGAAUGUAAGUGUGGAUCAGAAAAUUGUCGUGGCGUUAUUGGUGCCAAAUCACAAAGGGUAAAUGGUUUUAUUGAUGAUAAGAAGAAAGCUCCCAAGAAAGAUAUGGGAAAGAAACGUAAGCGUGGAACAACAACUGAAGCAGAUAACAACUACAUUCCCCGUCCACAUUUCACUCCAAUCAAGCCACUCUCUCACCAGCAACAACUUUUUAUCUUGACUCACAGAUGUUUCCUUAUUCGCAAUUUAGAAAAGGUCAAGAAGUCCAGAGAUCGUUUAAGUCGUUGUGCUGAGAAAAAACAUGAAGAAGUCUUGGAUGACCCGGAUGAACCCAGCACCAGAGUUGAAAAGUUUCUUACCCACUUUACUGCUCUUAAUACUGCUCGAUCUGUGAAAACACGACGUCUUGCUCAAGCCGAAGAUGACCCCGAAAUGACCCGAUUAGCUAAACUAGCACAAAUCUUUAAAGAUAUUUUUGAUAAACUUGUUGCAUCUAGAGAUGGCAAUGACAAACCCUUGGCCACUCCAUUCAUGACGUUGCCAUCCAAAAAAAAGUAUCCCACAUAUUUCAUACGAGUUGGGGAACCUAUUGAUUUGGCUUUAGUAGAGAAAAACAUUCUUACAGGCCAUUACAUUACUGCCGAGUCAUUUGAUCGUGAUGUAAUGCGUCUGUUUGCUAACAACCUUCGAUUUUUUGGGCGGAACACAGAAGUGGGGCAGAUGGCUGUUGGUUUAAGACGGGUAUAUAGUGAAUGUAAGUUACAGUUCAAACCUUUACUUGAAGAAGUUCUGGGAGAAGAUGCACUCCCUCCUGCAUUUGCUAAUUCUAGUCCCAAUGAAGAGUUCGAGGAUGAAGAUGUGAUUCGGUGUGUAUGUAAUCUACACCGUGAUGAAGGAGUUAUGAUACAGUGUGAGAGGUGUCUGGUGUGGCAACACUGUGACUGUAUGGGUGUGACGGACUCUCCCGACCACUACCUGUGUGAAGAGUGCUCACCACGCCUUAUCUCUCCAGAGGUUCCCAUGAAUCCUCAGCCUCCAGAUGCUCCCCGAGACCACAAGUAUUUCAUCACCCUGCUGAGAGACAACCUACAGGUCAAGCAAGGUGACAGCGUGUAUAUUCUGCGCGAUCGGCCUCAGCAGAAGCCAGGAGAGAGACGGCAGCCAGCGUACCGCCUCGUCAAAGAUGUCAAACCCCAUGAUCUCCUAAUAUUCAAGAUAGAAAACCUGUGGAUUGAUGAAAAGGGAGACAAGUUUGCAUUUGGUCACCAUUAUUUACGUCCACAUGAAACCUUCCAUGAGCCAUGGCGAAAGUUUUUCCCAAAUGAAGUCAUCCGUUCACCACUGUGUGAGAUCUUGCCCUUGGACAUGGUAAUAAAUCAUUGCUGGGUCUUAGAUCUUAACAGCUACUGUAGGGGACGACCCAUAGGAGCACAGGAGGACCAUGUAUAUGUGUGCGAAUAUCGGGUAGACAAAGGUGCCAGAGUGUUCUCCAAGAUAAGCAAACCGAAGUACCCUAUCUGUAUCAAGCCAUAUGCCUUCAUCACCUUUCCAGAGAGGCUAAGACCACAACGGACAUACACUCCUCAUGAGGUGAUAUCAAACAGCAGAGGUCGCAGUGGAAGCAGUGGAGGAUCGAAAGAUUGUCGUGGCGGAUCAGAGGAGCGUGGGAGCAGUAAUAGUAGUUAUUCCAGCAGUAACAGCAACACCAGCUCCUCUUCUACAGCCACAACAGCCACCACAAGCUCCAUUGCAACCACAAAGUCCAGUGCUGCUAAUAAUACCAACACCAUCAGUAAUAAUAGUGACACUGUUACCAAUAUUAACAACAACAACAACAACAAUAGUAGUGGUACCAACAACGGAAGCAGCAGCAGUAGCAGCAGGAGCAGCAGAUCUCGAGACCGAGGGGUUCCUCCGCCUCCUCCUGAUGAGAUAGAUGAUCACACCCCACUGGCUACUGUAAGAGCUGAGGCCAGGGCACAAAAGCGUGCCAAGAAACGUGUUCGGGUGAAUAAAGUGGCAACAAGACUUCUCACCCAACUACCAACAAAGGGUGCAAUAGACUUGAGUUAUUUAUUGGAGAACAACAAAAGGCAGCGCAAGAAAACGGCAGCUUUUACCUCCUGAGAUUGGCUCAUAGGCUGGAACGGCCACCUCACACUCAAGGAAAUGGAGGGGCAAGUGUAAAGACAAGAAUUAGGAUAAUUAAGUAAUUAAAAAUAAAUUAUUUUUA